ACAAAUCGCGCAGCCACCGAUCUCCCUCCAUGCGAGGAAGUGGCGGCGAGCCUCACGCUCGGACCGUCUGACGCAGCUCGCCCCGCUCACACAAGGCAGGAGCCACCCCCGGCCCUCUCCCAGAGGAGAAGCACUCGUGGCGAGCGCGAACCAACCCACAGCAGCCAUGGCCGUCUCCGAGAGCUCGCGCAACGCGCUGCUACCCAGCUUCCUUUACGCGGUCCCCGCCGCAGCCACCUCCCCUUUCUCCUCCGCCGCUGGCGUGGCAGGGAGCGGGCUCGUCGUGCCGUCUUCAGCGGCGGUGGCGACGAGGCCGGCGGUCUGGGCGCGGGCGCCGAGCGAACCGUCCGGCAAGAUCGAGAUGUACUCGCCGGCGUUCUACGCGGCGUGCACGGCCGGAGGCAUCGCCAGCUGUGGCCUCACGCACAUGACUGUCACGCCGCUCGACCUCGUGAAGUGCAACAUGCAGAUUGAUCCAGCCAAGUAUAAGAGCAUCUCUUCUGGUUUUGGUGUUCUCUUGAAAGAGCAAGGAGCAAGAGGAUUCUUUAGAGGCUGGGUGCCUACCUUGAUUGGUUACAGUGGUCAAGGCGCGUGCAAAUUCGGUUUCUAUGAGUUCUUCAAGAAGUACUACUCGGAUAUUGCUGGACCUGAGUAUGCAGCCAAGUACAAGACUUUGAUCUAUCUUGCCGGUUCUGCUUCGGCUGAAGUAAUUGCAGAUAUUGCCCUCUGCCCUAUGGAGGCUGUGAAGGUCCGUGUGCAGACACAGCCUGGCUUUGCCAGAGGUUUAUCUGAUGGGCUCCCUAAGUUUGUGAAGGCUGAAGGCUAUGCUGGAUUGUAUAAGGGAAUUGUUCCGCUCUGGGGUCGACAAAUCCCAUACACUAUGAUGAAGUUUGCCUCCUUUGAGACUAUUGUUGAGAUGAUCUACAAGUAUGCCAUUCCUGCCCCCAAGAGUGAAUGUAGCAAGUCUCUCCAGCUUGGAGUGAGCUUUGCAGGAGGUUACGUUGCUGGAGUGUUCUGCGCAAUAGUUUCGCACCCAGCUGACAACCUUGUUUCAUUUCUCAACAAUGCUCAGGGCGGAACCGUCGGAGAUGCAGUGAAGAAGCUUGGUUUGUGGGGGCUCUUUACACGUGGACUCCCUUUGCGUAUCGUGAUGAUUGGUACUCUCACCGGAGCCCAGUGGGGUAUCUACGAUGCUUUUAAAGUCAUGGUUGGACUGCCAACUACUGGUGGAGCUGCUCCACCACCUGCUGCUGCUGGAGAGCAGCUGAAGGCCUGAGACUUGAUUAUAUAUAUACUAUAUAUAUCUAACACCAUUUUUUGGCGCCAAGUUGGACGAUGGCGAAAUAACUCCUAUUCUUCCUUCUAAAAGCUAUUGAAUACCUUCAGGAAUGCUUAAUUGCAACUCUGGUAGCAAUCUCAGACGAGCCUGAAGCUCCUGAGUCUGUGUUAAUUAGAAGUUGAGACAGUUUAGGAACAAUUUUCGGUAGAUGAUCGCCUGGAAACCUUGGUAGCAUCCUCCCUGUUUCUUUUUGGUUUAUAUCCCCGGUCUGGCAGUAAAAAUUGCAAUAAAGUCAAGUUAUACUUCGUUGCGUUGUUGUGCUUUGGCU